AGCACGCCAACCGUACCAACUCAGCAGCACCACCAGCAGCUUCGCUUGCUCUCUGUGCCUCUCUGGCUGGCAUGGCGUCUUCUGGCGGCGCGCGCUCACCGGCGGCGGUGGUCUUAGACGACCUUGUGGAUGUUCGCGACCGCGUGGCUAUGCUGCAGACCGUGCUGCAGGAGUCUUCGCCUGGGGCGACCGUAGAAGCGGGGGAGCUGGUGGAGGGGAUGACGGCCAAGCUGUCAAGCGCCUUGUCGGCCGUUCUCGGCACCGGCGACGGCAGCGUGGCGUCGUCGUCGUCGGGAGCAGGCGGGGGACCGGGCGGGAGGAGGAGGAGAACCGGCGCGGCGUCGUCCGGGCCGCACCGCCGGAGCAGCUCCAGGGGAAGGAUGAAGAGCCCUCUAAUCAAGACGGUCACCGCUACGACGCUCACAGAUGGCAAGUCAUGGAGGAAGUACGGACAGAAACAGAUAAAUGACUCAACUAACCCGAGGAGCUACUACAGGUGCACGCAUUUGCCAGAUCAAGGCUGCAAGGCCAAGAGGCACGUCCACGUAUCCGAGGCCAACCCGUCGGAGUACACCAUCGACUACUACGGCCAGCACACCUGCAGGGACCCCUCCACGUUCCCAUCGCUCAUCGUCCAAGGUGCCGCCGACACUGCCCCGCCGCCGGACUGCGCAAACCUCAUCAGCUUCGCGCCCAUCAAUGGAGCCAACCGCGCUUUCACCGCAAGCACGAGCACGAGCGCUUUUGCUCAUCAUCUUAUGAAAGAACCGGUUGAUCAUCAUCCAAUGCUCUUCUCCCAAUUCUCCAACUACAGCUCCUCGCCGCCGGCUCAGGAGGGUAUACCCAGUGGCUCGUCAUCGCGGGCUUGCCACGAAAGGUUCAUGCAGUACGCCGGCGGGCAAUUUGUGGACAUAACUGGCCGGAGUACGUCGCCGUUGACCGUGGGAUCAGCCCCAGCUGAGUACUGGCCAGUGGUGGGUGUUGCCGGUGUCGACAUGGAUGCUGGCGCGGGCAUGGACAGCUUCCCUUCCUCGCCGAGCAGCCUCGGGUUCAUGUCGGGAUCGUUGGGGGGAUCAUUUGGCAACACCGUUUGCGACGACGACCUGUUCAGCUUUGAUUCCUGACCAUGCCUAUGUGCAUGUGCAUGCUAAUUGAGCUAUUAGUUGGGUGUGCUGUCUAUGUAUAUAUGUUGUUGCGGGAUGUCUAUGUAUGUAUA